AUGCCUACCAUUUUAUAUAACACCAAUUCCAGCUUAAUUUCUAAAUACCGAAGAUCUAAUGCCUCCAAGCCAUAUAAAGGACUACCAUCGAAGAAAGCGCAUAAGCGAUUGAGUUUGCCACCAGAUAUUUUCAAAGAGGAGUCUGGCUAUACGCGAAAUUGUAAUGACGAUAUAUCAUUCCAAAGUGAAUUCGAGAAGGAUUCUGUUGGAUAUCUCCAGGAUUUAUGUUGCUCCGUAUACCCAAGUUCACUGCAUCAAAGGAUUAAGAACCUGAGAGGUUCACCAGAUUUACAAAUAAAUGCAUUCAUUGCGUUAAUUUUCAAAAAUUUCAUUAAAUCUUGGUACGGUGUCAAAAUACCUACUGAUGAUUCAAAAUUCUUAACUGAAUUGUACAAUUUGGUUCAAAAUUUGGUAAAGUAUAUGAAAAAUUCCCAAAUCGACUACAGUUCCCUUCUACUUGAUUACAUUCCCUGUUUGGUUUCAUCCCAUUUGAAAGCUUUGGGAGACUGUCCCCAGGAUACCAAUCUUGUUUAUGAACAUUAUUGCCAGUUAACUCUAUAUGAUUCCAAACGAUACCCAGGCUUAUUCAUAGAUAUUAUCCAAAAUAAAAUGAACACCAAAUCUCUAUUGCAAAGAAGUUUUUUGGAUAGUUUUCUUAAUGAACUUGUAUUUGGACAUAUAUUGGAUUCGAUAAUAGAGCCAUAUCAUCUUCUGAACGGUCUGAAUAUAAUUUGCAAGAAGAUAAAGCUAAGGUCAGCAAUGAACCCCAAAGAAAGUAGCACAGAUGAAAAAAGUAAAGCUGGUGCCUGGUCGUUUGUAGGCAAAAUAAAGCAUAAGAUUUCUCAAGUGGGUAAACUUGUAUCUUAUUCAACUUCAAUGAAAUCGCCAAACAUGGACAGCACCGGUAUUCCAGAAAUACCGUUUUUACAGAGGUACAUCUUUACCUUCAUUCUUGUUGAUUUUUUCAAAUUGCCUAUGAGGAAGCCGUUUUUAUUCUCAAUGUGCAGAACUUUUCAAUGCUGGAUCUCUAAAUCUAAGUUUUUGAACAAAAUGAUGUAUAAAAUGUUUGCUAAUACUGCCCAGGCUAAAAUCACCGAUCCUACAAUACUUGGCGGUUUGUUUGUAUCACUACGGCAUUCACUGUUCCCUAAUGAUAGUGCAAUGGGACCACCGAAAACAAUACCAAUAGGCGAUGCUUUCUUGGAGUUUAGGGGGGAAUGCGUUUCUAAUGUAUGGGAUGUGUGUAUCGCUUACAGAAUCGAUAAAAUUCUUGCCAUCAAGAAAUUUGACAUCGAGGAAGUUAUCCAUUCUUUGUCAAAAGAUCGGGAUUGUAAUAAACUACUGCUUUAUAGAGCUAUGGACUGUGUUGCUGCUCAAUUACCUUAA